ACAAUAAUGUCUCAACAGCAAGUCAGCAACCAUAUGGAAGCUACAUUCAUCAUUUCUUCCUUCCAUUCGCAGAAUAAAUAUCCCCUCAAGAGAACUUUCACCGCCAUCAUUUCUUCUUUUUGGGUUUUCAGUUUUCUAGUGGAAAGAAGGACGGGAAGAGAUGUCUAGCACUGUUGGCCAAGUCAUACGUUGCAAAGCUGCUGUGGCUUGGGAAGCAGGGAAGCCACUGGUGAUCGAAGAAGUGGAGGUGGCGCCACCACAGAAGAUGGAGGUUCGUAUGAAGAUCCUCUUCACCUCUCUCUGCCACACUGAUGUUUGGUUUUGGGAAGCCAAGGGUCAGAACCCUUUGUUUCCUCGAAUCUUCGGACAUGAAGCAGGAGGGAUUGUGGAGAGUGUUGGAGAAGGAGUGACGGAGCUGGCACCAGGAGACCAUGUGCUUCCAGUAUUCACUGGAGAAUGCAAGGAAUGUGCUCACUGUAAAUCCGAAGUGAGCAACAUGUGUGAUCCUCUGAGGAUUAACACAGAUAGGGGAGUAAUGAUCCAUGAUGGGGAAUCAAGAUUCUCUAUCAAUGGCAAACCCAUUUACCAUUUCGUUGGGACAUCCACCUUCAGUGAGUACACAGUGGUCCAUGUUGGUUGUGUUGUCAAGAUCAACCCGCUUGCUCCUCUCGAUAAAGUCUGCGUUCUAAGCUGUGGAAUCUCAACAGGCUUUGGUGCAACUGUGAAUGUUGCAAAACCAACGAAGGGCUCAACGGUGGCAGUUUUCGGAUUGGGAGCAGUAGGCCUAGCAGCGGCAGAAGGAGCCAGAGUUUCUGGUGCUUCGAGGAUUAUUGGCGUGGAUUUGCAUCCAAACAAAUUUCAGCUAGCAAAGCAGUUUGGUGUGACAGAGUUCGUGAACCCCAAAGACUAUACCAAACCAGUUCAAGAGGUCAUCGUCGAGAUGACUCAGGGAGGAGUUGACAGAAGCAUCGAAUGUACUGGACACACUGAUUGUAUGAUUUCAGCAUUCGAAUGCGUCCACGAUGGCUGGGGUGUAGCUGUUAUAGUGGGAGUCCCCUCCAAAGAUGCUGUAUUCAAAACACACCCUAUUAAUUUCCUAAAUGAAAGGACUCUAAAGGGCACCUUCUUCGGAAACUACAAACCCCGGUCAGACAUUCCUGCAGUCGUAGAAAAAUACAUGAACAAGGAACUUGAACUGGAGAAGUUCAUCACUCAUCAAGUUCCUUUCUCGGAGAUCAACAAGGCCUUUGAUUACAUGCUUAAAGGGGAAAGCAUUCGAUGCAUUAUCCGCAUGGAGCAUUAGAAUGAAGGGAAUCCAUGGCAUCUGAUGCAAUAGAGUUUUUUAUCCUCUGUGAAAUGGUAAUAAAAAGACUAUUGUCCGGGUUCUUACAGGCGUUGUAGGUUUAAAUUUACUCUUUGUAAGUCUAUAUUCGGGUUUUUAUCUAUCUUCUGGUUGUUCAUAUGCUUCCUUUACUUCCACUGUUUGUCCAAAACAAAGUCUAUGUUUGGGUUUUUAUCUAUCUUCUGGUUGUUCA